AUGCAGACAACCGCACUCAAGAGCAUCCGAUCCCUUGCCCCAUUGCUCGACCGAGUUCUGGUCCAGCGCAUCAAGGCCGAGUCCAGAACUGCCGGCGGCAUCUUCCUCCCCGAGAGCAGUGUCAAGGAGUUGAACGAAGCAAAGGUCCUUGCUGUCGGACCUGGUGCUUUCGACAAGGACGGAAAGAGAAUAGCCAUGGGCGUCAAGGAGGGCGACAAGGUCUUGAUUCCACAGUACGGAGGCAGCCCCGUAAAGGUUGGCGAGGAGGAAUACCAUCUAUUCCGAGAUUCGGAGUGA